AUGGUACCGUUUCGGCGCGAAACUCACGUAAUUUCCCUCGGCAGCGGAACCUCUAACCGCUACACUACAUCCGCUCUUUAUAAGCUAGUGAUGUCCGACCGUCUACCUGACAUUCAAACACAUCUUGAUCACAGCGAUGAGAUCGAUAAAACUGCUGCCAGUUUCAUGAAGACCAAUUUGAAUGACUAUUCGAUGUAUGAAGUCGAUGAACAACACAAUACUACUUGCCCGCCGGAUCUGAUGGGAUUUGAUGUAAACCUUCUUCGCAAUUUGACUGCACAAGAUGCGUAUCUACGCGAACAACUCAGCAAUUGCGCGAAAUCUGCGCUAGCUGCUCAGGAUCCGUGCACGCUUGCUGACGAUGAGAGGGAGGAGCUGUUGCGACAGAAGCGGAAGGAGGACGCCUAUAAGACUGCUCUUUGUGAAUCGUGGCGACGUACUCAGACUUGUAGCUACGGCAAAGAGUGCCGAUUUGCUCACGGUGUAGACGAACUGCGUCUGCCUUCUCAGCCACGCGGUCGUAAUCAUCCAAAAUAUAAGACAGUGCUUUGCGACAAGUUUUCAAGCACCGGAUAUUGUAAGUACGGAGCGAGGUGCCAAUUUAUCCAUAAAGUCACUAAUCCUGCUAUCCUUGCCCAGCAGAUGUUGGCACGCGAGAACAUUUCCCUCAGGGAGCACACAUCGCAUAACAAUUACGAUCAGCAACUUGCUAACUACCGUCGCCCAUACUCGUCGUGUCAACCAUCAUGUGGACGACUAGUGGACAUGAAUGUUAGCAUGCCAGUCGAAAUGACCGACCAACGCAGUGAUGUAGGUCGCGCUCUUGCGCGAACAGUUGGGAACCAAAAUGUACCAAGAGUCGCGCGAUCGCUGGAGAACCGCCACAGCACCCUCAGCAGUUUGCACUGGUUCAGUGCUAGCAGUCGUCGCUUUUAA